AUGGUUAAACGCAAGAGAACUGAUGCAUCCAAGGAGGAUAAGCCUGCUGUUCCUUCACCCAAGACUACCAAAUCCGCCCCGGCACCAUCAGAGACCCCCGAUGCGGCUAUCACUGUUCAAGUCAUUACUGGCUCCUAUGAGCGGGUCCUGCAUGGAUUCACAGCAGGAAUCCCAGCUGCCAGCCUGAAGGCCAAGACUGAGGCCGAAUCUCCCAAGUUCGACUGCGUGGACACCUUCUUGUUCGAGGCACAUGGAUCUGCAAUCCGUUGUCUUGCCUUGUCACCGCUCCCCAAGGCCACCGACUCUGCUGAGCAUCAAAAGGUGAUGCUGGCUAGCGGUGCUACCGAUGAACGUAUCAACUUGUACUCUAUCUCCGCCGCUCCUCCUGCUGUGAAUGACGACUAUCCCUCCGUGCCCACCCUCGCCGGAAACAAAAUCCUCGAAAAUCCCCGGAACCGCGAACUAGGAUCCUUGCUGCAUCACACUGCCAGCCUAACGUCAUUGAGUUUCCCUUCCCGAAGCAAGCUACUUGCUGCUGGUGAAGACAACACCAUCUCUAUCUCCAGAACCCGUGACUGGUCCGUUGUUUCAACUAUCAAAGCCCCAAACCCCAAAGUGCAAGGACGGCCAAGCGGUGACACCGCACCACUCGGCGGUGCUCCAUCUGGAGUGAACCACUUUGCAGUACACCCCAGCAUGAAACUCAUGCUGACUCUCGGCAAGGGUGAGAGGUGUAUGAGAUUGUGGAACCUGGUAACCGGCAGAAAGGCCGGAGUGUUGAACUUUACACGGGAGGUGCUCAUGGGUGUUAACGAGUCGAGAUUCAGCAGUGGUGAGGGUCGCCGCAUUACUUGGGACUCGGAAGGAGAGGAGUUUGCAGUUGCAUUUGAAUGGGGUGCAGUGGUUUUCGGAAUUGACUCAAUCCCAAAGUGCAGAGUGGUCCCUGGACCUCGGAGCAAAUUGCAUCAGAUGAAGUAUGUUUCUCUGCCUGUAAAGGGUGAUGAGAAGAAGGAUUUCCUGGUUCUCUCCACAGAGGAUGGCCGGGUGAUGUUCUAUUCGACCAAGGACCUGAAAGAGGCAAAGGAUGAUAACGACUGUACCAUCCCCCAUGCAACCCCUGUUGCUCAGCUUGGUGGAAAGCAGGCCGGCUUCGCUGGUCGCAUCAAGGAUUUCGACAUCCUCAGCUUGGAAGAGCAAGCAAAGGAACUCCGUAAUGACUUCCUGGUUGUGACUGCCAGUAGCGAUGGUGUGGUUCGUGUAUGGAAGGCCUCUGGGAAGGACCUUGCAAAGGCAAAGGAUGAGACUGUUCAGAUUGGAAGAGUUCUGACUACCUAUGAGACUGGAAACCGCAUCACCUGCCUGACAUCGUUUGUCAUGUUGCCUGCAGAGGACCCAUCCACGCUAUUUGACUCUGAGGAAGAGAGUUCGGAGAACGAGGAGGACUCCAGUGAUAGCGACGACGAGUAA